UUCAUUCAUUGUUUGCGUUUCCCCAGUUCCCCUUCUACUCACCUCCUCCCCCCCAGAUUUGAAGGUCUGGAGCCGGCCAGCCAAUGAACGCUGCCCUUGCAGUUUUGGGCGUGGCCGGAGGAGGCGAGGCCCCGCCGCCCAUAUAUAAUGGACAGAGCGUGGGGAAGUUCUGGUUUGGUGUUGUUUACGGGAGAGGUGCUUGGAUGUUUGCGGCCGCAAGGAGCAAAGGCGGAGGAGGAGGCAAGGCGGAGGGUCCUGGUAUCUGUGGCAAAAGCUGCUGGAAGCUUCCUGUUUGCUAAAGAGCCAAGCAGCAGCAGCUUGGGAAGCGCUAGCACAGGUUUUUGUGGCGCCUUGGGAAAGCACUUUCUGCAGUGCUAGCAGUGACACACACCUUGCAGCGGGGAAGCGAAGCGGCCUGCGUAUGUGUCUCAUCCUAUUGUUCAAACUGAGAGACUUGGGGGUGUGAAGGAAGGAGCUUGCGUGUUGUCUCUCUUCUCCCACCCCCUUUACCCCCAUUCUCCUCGCCCUCUGUGCAGGAGGAGACCAGCCGCCCGGGAGCUACAGGAGCUGGUGCCAGCUGGACUGUUCUAUACAGACAUCCCUUGCUCAGGUGCGCCUUCGGGAAUCGGGAAGGGGAACGGAAACCUUUCCUAAGCAUUCUCCCUUCCCAGACUGGGGAAAGGAAAGUUCUUCCCUCAGUCCCUCUACACAGCCAUCGUGGGAGCUGCUGAACUGCCUUCGCCUAUACGACCCCCACCGUUCCUACCUUUCCCAUCAGGUGGUGCCUGCUGCAGCAGAGCUGCUGUAUCCGGGAGACGAGAGGGAACACAUACUACGUUCGCUAGCGGUGCCUGUCUCGCUGUGCUCCCAGGAUCGCAAGGGCAUCGAUAGCUGUGAUCUGUCACCGAGGAGGUGGUGGAUGAGCGCUCUCUGCAGCAGGGCAACGAAUCACUUCUCAAACUGCUGCUGACUGUCGUGCUCCGGGAAUAGCUCUUUCCUGCGAAACUUGGCUUUGGGAGCUUACAACCCAACAUCAUCGUAUGUGUUGACUCUUCUUCCCCGCCGGUCCCCUCCAGGCAGUUUGAUGAAUGCUUUGGGAGUGAGGUAUGAUUUGCUGAGGCUCCUCUUGCAGAAGUGUGUGUGUGCAGUUGUAAAGCGAGCCCUCACCCACCCCCUUGCAAGACAGUAACCAGCCCGUCGGUGGGGGAAGAGUGUGUGUGAGCCGCUCUGCCCAAGUGCUUUGAAUCGCUCGCGUGUGGUGCUGCUGGGCGAUUGGUCGCAAUGCAGCUCUAUGGGAAACAUGCAGCUUCAAGCAAACGUCGAGUCCGUGGCUUCUAGCCGGGGGGAUCGUUAAAAGGGGCAAGGAGGAGAAAGCAGCGGAGUCACCCAGCUCUGCCGUAGCCGGAAUCGGUGGCUUUGCUUCUUAUUUGCAGGGAGUGUGUGCGCCAAGACCCGCAUCUUCUCUGCCACCAGAAGGGGUACGAGACCCCGGCUUGCCCCCCAGCGAAGUUGGUUCAGGGGCGGAUUGGUGCCACCCUUCUUAUCUUGCCGGGGAUUUUUGGUUCCUCCUUGGAUCGCGAAGGACUCCGGUUGCCUUCUCAUAUCCUGCAAGUUGCCCAAGCGCUCGCUCUGCUGAGGAGCAGGAGGAGGGCGGUUGUGUCCUGUCUUAUCUGGGGGGCGGUCUGCCUCGCUCUCCGCUCCUUCCUGGCCCAGGAGUCAAUGCUACAGGGCUCGGCGGCUGUGCAACCUCGGCGGCGGAGGAUGGGCGGCUUCGGGAGGCUCUCUUUGGGGCUCGUGCUGGUGGUGAUCUUGAGCGAGGUGGCGCCGCAGCCCUGCCCGGCUCAGUGCUCCUGUUCCGGCAGCACCGUGGACUGUCACGGGCUGGCGCUGCGGAGCGUCCCGAGGAACAUCCCCCGCAACACCGAAAGGCUGGACCUUAAUGGAAAUAAUAUCACAAGAAUUACCAAGACUGACUUUACUGGCCUAAGACACCUUCGAGUCCUUCAGCUCAUGGAGAACAAGAUUAGCACUAUUGAAAGGGGAGCAUUCCAGGAUCUAAAAGAGCUGGAGAGGCUGCGUCUAAACAGAAAUAAUCUUCAGCUGCUUUCUGAGUUGUUGUUUCUGGGGACUCCGAAACUAUACAGGCU